UUGGUGGUCAACCAGAACCAUGGACAGCUCGGCAAAAGGAAGUAAAAAGGAUGCGCCUGAUGGACCACCAAAAGACUCGAAGAUGCCUGUCAGCGAGGCACUUCUGGACUACCAUCGUGAAAUAAAGGAGAAUGCAGUGGAGCGAUUCACGUUCCACAUCAGGAAGCUGAGGGACAAGAAUCAAAAAUACCUUGAAAGGAACAGACGCUUGAAAGAGGAACAGAACUGGCACUUAAAGAAUCUCAUAAAAGAACUGAAGGAUGAGAAGCUGGAUGUGGUACAACCCAUAACAAGAGAGGACGUGGAGGAGGCAAUGAAGGAAAAAUGGAAGUUUGAAAGAGACCAGGAGGCUCACUUGAAAGAAAUGCGCGUACAAAUAAGUGAGGCUGAGAAGCUAUUCCUUGAAAAACUCAGUGAAAAGGAAUAUUGGGAAGAGUACAAGAAUGUAGGGAGUGCACAGCAUGCUGAACUCAUUCUUUCCUUACAAAAUGACAUCGACACAGUUAAAGAAAAUGCAGAGAAAAUGUCAGAACAGUAUAAAGUCACCCUGGAAGAUACUAGGAAGAAAAUAAUCAGAGAAACAUUGAUCCUACUGGAGCAGAGGAAAGAAUGGGCCACACAGAAUGCUGUAAGGUUCAUUGACAAGAACAACUAUCGAGAGAUCUGGGAGAAUGACUGGCUAAAAAAAGAAAUCAAGAUUCACAGGAAGGAAGUCGAAGAGUUGGAAACUUGUAUUCAUCAACUAGAAGAGGAAAAUCUACUGCUUAUUGAGCAGUUAUUUAACUGCAGACUCGUGGAUCUCAAAAUACCCAGGAAACUGUACAUUACUCAAGCCGCUGGGCUGCAAGUGACACCCGAAGACGAAUCUUUGAAUUUGCCAGACGCAGACACAGCCCCAGAGGAGAAUUUGCAGUUGCCCUCCAAAGAGGAGAGUGACGACAGGUUGGACCUCUUACUGGGGAGCAGCUAUGGGAUUAGCACCCCAGAUAGCCAGCCCAAGAAGACAGGAAGUAAAGAAGGCUCCUGUACAGAGAUAGAGGACCCCAUCGUCAAGUACUUGGUGCAAGAAGAUGAACAAGAUUUCAAGGAAUAUGUAAACUUGGGCCCACUGGCAUUGAAGCUAAUGAGUGUGCAGGGCAAGAAAAUGCCCAUUCAUUUUCAAGAAAAGGAGAUUCCAAUUGAAUUUUAUGAAGACAUGCGGAACCCUGAAAGCCACAUCACUCAUAAGAUGAUGAAGACGUUUCUGUAGGCCUGGCAGCCACGCCUUUCUUUAUACAUUCUUUGUGAAUUAAAGCGCCCACGUUUGCUCACACAGCUGUCCUUCAUCAGAGCUGGUGUUUCUGGUGG